AUGGAGGAAAUUGUCGUGCAAUCUGCGACUGAAUCCUACACGCACCAUCGAGCUACAAGCUCUAACGCAAACCCUGCUGCUUUUACCUCUGAGGCCUAUUUGGAAACAGUCGGUGACGUGCUUGCCCAGAUGGACAGCACUUCUUGCUGUACCAGCAGCGAUUUUGGACCGGAAACAUCAUCUUUUAUACCGGUGAAAGAGUCCACAGCAGUAGAAUUAGACACGACGAUCAACAUUGGGACAGCUGGGACAUCAGCUACCCGGUCAUUAUUCGAAGCGCCAAUUCCCGCAACUUUCCGACUCUCCAUGCUCACCGAAGCUUCAGCCGACUCACCGCCAACGUCGUGCCAUGAAGCUGGAAAUGAAGCGGACACAGCCGCUCCCCAAGCAACUGGCAAUUAUGCCCACUUGACACCAGAGACAACCCUUGAUACCCAUAGCGGAGCCAUCACCUCGCCUUCUGGGCGGGAGCAACAAAACAUCCCGCCACGCGUUUCACUGAGAGGCAGUCUUCCAGCCUGGCUGGAAUGUUGUCGAUCGCGGUCAGCUAGCAACGGGAGAACCCAAGAGGGCUUCGAUCCUGUCGUGAUUGCGCCAGGGAUCUCUGACUCCACGAUGCAGUCGACUGGAGGUGAUCCAACGUCUCCGGCAUCAGCAUCAUCUGCAACAACACCAUCACGAGAAAGCGGAUACAGCGUUACACCUGGUAUUGAUCGACUCGUCCUUGGACCAACCAUCCCCGGGAAAACAACAGUCCCUAGCGUCGAGGAACCUAAGAUCAACUCAGGAGGCGAAGCUGAGCCUGAAGCCAUUGCUGAACCCUCUUCGACCAGCUGCAUGUCAUCGCUGGCGCCUCAAAGUGUCGUAGGCUUUGAUAACACAGCCCUUAUCUCCCUGACGGCUCCUCCAUCUCCAGCCCCUUCAACUCCAGUCCUCCGCCGGUCCCGCAGGGGCACGGCCCCUAUUGGUGGCUAUGCUGAGGUUGAUUCUGAUACCGAAAGCAAUGCUAGUGGGAGUCCGACCGCGUCUUCAGGUGACGACAGACCGUUUGGCAGGAGGAGCAGUCCCCUUGGCUCUCUUGGCCAGCCCGGUAACAAACGACGUAGGGCGUGCUCUCAUGAGGAAUUCGCCAGCGGAAUAAGAGCGUCCAAAAGAAGUCGCGGAUCGCAGGAAACAUCGACUCAAGCUCUAACAACGAGAAGGUCGCGGCGGGUAGCAGAGCCUAUGAAGCAGACUGAUGUAAUCAAUCUCACACAAUCAGAAAGCGCAUCGGGUGAGGGGCAAAACACGGAUCACGUUCUCGCAACAUUCGACGAGUUUCCCCUACAUUUCGCUCCUCUGACGAACUUCGUCCUCAAGCGCACCGUCGUCGGUCAUGUGACGACGUUCACGAUUGAAUGGCAACAGGUGAACCCCCCUCACUAUCGAUGCCAAGCCCCGCCGAAGGUGAUUCAGUCCCCACCCAGUCCUUCGCUGUCUGGGUCAGACCUCGCACAAUUCCCACGAGGACACAGGCGGGCCUUUUCAAAAGACGAGGAUAGACUUCUGUGCAAGUUGAAGCGGGAGGGGAAGCUUCGUUGGAAAGAAAUCCACCGUCAGUUCUCUAACAAAUUUCCGGGACGAACUAUUGGAACACUGCGAGUUCGUUACAGUACCAAAUUGAAGCAUUGA